AUGGACAAUCCGGUAACUAAAACAAUAGACCUUAAAAAAAACAAUUUACCGGAUAUCGAUAUUGUACCUAUAUCAAAUGUAUCUGAGUCGGUAGUUGUUCAUGAUGUGGAAACAACUGAGCAGGACUUCCUGAAAAUGCAUGGUGCAGAAAGCAUACAACACACGCAAGUUUCGGAAGCACAGAUUUCAGAAAAAUUGAAUAUGAAAACAGCAAAUCCGGAUUUUUUAGCCCGUCAAGAUUUAGACAUGCUGGGUGAAGGAUUAGCAGAGAGGGACAGAAAUCUGGAUAGGAUUGACAAUAAAGCAGAAGCUAACGCAGUCAGAAGAAAUCUCGAACAAGUGGAUAGCUCGAAUGUUCAAAAUUCAGAAACAGGUAUUUCCGUAGAUCCCUCAAGAACUGAAGUCGAUAUUGAAGUAAAUGAUUCAAUUGUUGGCAGUCAGAAUGCUGACACGGGAAGCAGCAUACCUACGGAAAGAACUGAACAACUUGAAUCACAAGAAGUCGAAGAAGAAAAUGAAAACGUAAAGGAAUUCGGAAAGGAAAGACUUGAGGCUACAGAUGUAGUAAAUCUGUUAGAAUCUGGUAUAUAUAUUACUGAAUCGCUGCAAAAGAUUGAUGGGCAACUUAUUUCGGACGAAGCGGUAAGAUCAACGGAAGAUACUACUUUUUCAAAUGUUGUAGUCAGAGAAAGUUCUCCGGAAAUUCCAGAAGGAAGCAGUGAACGGAUCGAUAGCAAUGGACCAGUAAGUAUCACUUAUCAACAAGGCCCAGUAAGAGAGUCUCAGACUGUGGAAAAUUUGCAGGUAAAUGAAUCUAAAAUUACCUGCAGCAUAGAACCAUUGAAAAAUUCUGAGGAAUCAAGUAGUGGUGAAGUAGCACAGUCAAAAAAUAAAUUCUAUGAAGCUAUAACCGGUUUCUGGAAGCAUACAACAUUCGGCAAAAAACGCCCCGAAAUUACUGUGUCAUAUGAGCAACCAAGAAAUUUGUCUUCAGACUUAACGACACAUAUGUCCUCAGUCCACUCCAGCAAAACUUCGUUAACAUCUACGGAAUCGUUGGGGACACUGAUACCUUCCCCUGAACUUAGUGAACUUUCUGAAGGUUCUUCACAAUCCACUAUGAAAAUUACUGCUCCUCAUGCUGAAGCCAGUACCAUCUCAUCACUUCCGGAAAACACAGCAACAGAUGCAAUUUCUGGCUCUUAUCCGCAAAAAACUUUACCUGACGAUCACUCACUUAAUACUACAAUUACGGAUAACUUAGACUCUGACAUUAAUUCGGAAACCUUGCAAGUAGUAACACUGGAUUCAUUGUGUACCACUGAUGAAAGCAUCAAGGAUCUCGAUGAUUCGGUCGAGAAAAUGGAAGAUUUAAGGAAAAGCAAAAAAGGAAAGGCUGAAUCUACGAAUUUAAUGGUUUUUGGUCAUAAGGUAGGUCAUAUUUUUACUUUUUAA